UUUCACACUCCGCCAAUCCACUUGGCCACCAUAACUACACACAAACACGAAUAAACAAAAAUCUCAAUUAUUAUUUUUAAUAUUGUAGAAAAAAGGAGGAAAAAUCCCGUUUUCAAACCAAUCCUCCAUCUGCCAACCAAGACUUCCAUAUUUUGCAGGAAUUAAUGGAACGUGGAAAAAAACUUCAACCAGCUUAAUCCGCCAUUGACUUCGGAAGAACAAAUCCAUCUCUCUCUCUCUCUCUCUAAAACUACUAGGCAGGCAGAGUGUCAGAUCUGCAGCUGGGUUUCCUUUCAUAGCUCCCUCAGAUAUCUCCCUCUGCAAAAUCAACAGGGAGCUUCUUGCAAUUUUUGGCAGUGGUGUAUACAAAAGUUUUCAAACCAAAUUCGGGAAUGAGAUAAUGAAAUGGAGUAAAAUGCAAGAUUCACUUAGUUAUAAUGGGAACAAUCAGUUAUGUCAAUAUCGGAGGUUGUCUUGAAGAGAACCUUGAACUGCCAAUGAGAUGUCUUUGAGUAAAAGUGCAUCUCAGCAGUUGACGGAUCGUGGGACACAGAAUAGGAGCACUGAUGUCUUCAACAGGCAUGGCUCUGAAACACAGCUUGCUCCAAAGAAUUUAAAAGAUGACAAUGGUGUCCAUAUCAAAGAUCCAGAAGCUAUGGAACUUUAUUCCCGAGCCAGAGCUCAGGAAGAGGAGAUCCAAUUUCUUCGUGGGCAAGUUACUGUUGCUUGUGUGAAGGAAUUGCGCUUGCUGAAUGAGAAGUAUGCAUUGGAGAGGAAAUUUGCUGACUUACGGAUGGCAAUUGAUGAGAAGCAGAACGAAGCCACUACUUCUGCAUUAAAUGAGUUGGCCCGCAGAAAAGGAGAUCUUCAAGAAAAUCUUAAACUAACUCAUGAAUUGAAGGCUGCAGACGAUGAGAAGUAUAUCUUCAUGUCAUCCAUGCUAGGGUUAUUGGGUGAAUAUGGGAUUUGGCCCCAUGUCAUAAAUGCGUCUGCCAUAUCGAACAGUUUAAAGCAUCUACAUGAUCAAUUGCAGUGGAAGAUUAGAACUUCCCAUGAUAAAAUUAGACAAUUAACCUCCGCAGUGGACAAUCAUGGUGAAAGUGAAUCUCAUGGUAAAGAUAGCCAUGGUUCUGCCAUUUUGAAUGGCCAAUUUCCUGAUAGAUCCACAGUACUGAUGGGACGGCAAGGCUUUGAUCGUUAUACUGAUGACCAACAUUUGGAGCCAACUGACACAUUGCCGAAAUAUGUGACUGACAUCGAUGGGAUGAAAAUGCUAGUAAAUAAUGAAAUUCCGCCUGAGUUCACAACCAAUGCAGAGAGGGAUAUGGCUGGAUUUAUUAAUAGAGAUGAUGCAAAUGUGAGAGGCAGGAGUAUGAACAAUGGCACCUCAUUUUCUCCUUACACCACUCAAGAUGAGAUUGCUCCCUCUGUUUCUGAAGUGGGCCCUGGAAUAGAGAAUUUUCAGAUUAUUGGUGAGGCUAUUCCGGGAGGCAAACUUCUUGGCUGUGGAUAUCCAGUACGUGGGACCUCACUUUGUGUGUUUCAGUGGGUUCGUCAUCUUCAGGAUGGAACUAGGGAGGUCAUUGAAGGUGCCACAAAUCCAGAAUAUAUUGUCACUGCUGAUGAUGUUGAUAAGAUAAUUGCUGUUGACUGCAUACCGAUGGAUGAACAAGGCCGUCAGGGGGAGCUAGUGAGGCAUUUUGCUAAUGAUCAGAACAAAAUUAGAUGUGACCCAGACAUGCAAAUGGAGAUUGACACACAUAUUUCUAAAGGACAAGCCAAUUUUAGUGUUCUACUACUGAUGGACUCUUCUGAUGAUUGGGAGCCAGCAACUCUGGUUCUGAGACGGUCAGGCUAUCAAAUCAGGAUCAAUAGUGCAGACGCUGUUUUAUUUGAAGAAAAGUUCUCGAAGGAGUUAUCGAUCAAAGUUCCUUGUGGCUUCUCGACACAAUUUGUGUUGACACGUUCUGAUGGAUCUUCUCAUCCUUGUGCAACAUACAGUAUUCAGUUGCGUGAUACUCUCGUGUUGACCAUGAGAAUACUCCAAAGCAAGGUAAACUAACAUCAAACCAAUACGUUACAAAGCAUCUCUUUGUACUCCAAGCUUAUAAAAGGUCAAUUGAAUUUGUGCCACUUUCUUGCCUACGAUACAAAUGUUUAAUUGAUUCCUCCUAGUGAGCAAUACAAAAGACGGGAUUGUGGUAGUGUUUAUGGAUUGUCGAUGCGACUCCAUCAUUAACCUACACUGUUUAAGUUCAGGGGUUUUGUCACAAAUGAAAAUAUUGCAGCUCUAUUCUGUUGUGUACACUGAAUAAAAUACUUGUGUCAUAGUCAAGAAAGCAGUACGGAUUUAGUUGACCUUUCUUGGAGUACAAAGAGAUGCUUUGCAUCAUACUGUUCUGAUGUUAGUUUACCUAAACCAGAAUAUCUGGAUUACAAUAAAACUCAACAAGUUGAAGCAUGGAGAUACUUUUUCUAUUUUUGAUUGAAGAAGCAUGGAAAUAUUUGAAACAAUCAUUUUCUGAUAAGGAGCGAUUAUAAUGAUGGAUGGAUACAUAAGAGAAUCAAUGCGUAUGUAUUAUGCACACACAAAACAAAUACACAGAACACAUGGUCUGCAGACAAUCAAGAAGUUAUAUUGCUAGACUGCUGAUUAAGAUUCUUGAUUUAGUGGAAUAUCGUCUAAAUGUGUCGUGUGUGUAUUCGAUCAACAAUUGUGAUUGACUAACCCACAAAGUGCCCUUCUGUAUGGUUAAUAUGUAUAUCAGUGGAUCGUUAAUAUGCAUGUAUACGUUUUUAUCUGAACUUCCAUCCAUCGUUGAACAUGUUUCUAUUUGGAAUGCUUAGUUUCCGGUCAUACGUACUCUUAAUCAUUUC